GUAACUUGUAAACUCCCCACCUUCUCUCCAUAAAAAUAUCCCUUCCGUUAUAUUCAUGAGAAUCGUUUCUUUUUCUUUGUUAUCUUCUUAAUUAAAAAUUUCCGUAUUUUUAUUUUCUCUAUCUCUCAUGCGUUUCUUCUUCUAAACCGGAAGAAGAGCAAGAGAAGGAGGAGGAGAAAAUGUCGUCUGGGUUUCCAGGUGGUGGACCGGACAUGUACGGUGGUCUUGCGGGCAGAUCCAUGAACGGGAACACGUCACAGCCGUCGUAUCGAUCACAAUUGCCUGGAAUUUUCAUGGACCCAGCCACUCAGAUCGCCAACAGAACGGCACAAAACCUCAUCGAUUUGCACCGUUACGGCUUGCCGCUUCUUCAACAGCAGUUAAGGCCACAUCAGCAGCAGCAUCUACCAGUUGGGCUUGUUUCUGGGUCGAACCUACAACAAACGACCCCGAAUUUGCCGUACGUGAAUAAUAAUAAUCACAAUACAGUGCAAAACCGAGUUCAAGCGCAAGAUUCGGAGAAGAAGAUGCUGAAUCGUCUUCAAGAGCUUGAGAAGCAGCUAUUAGAUGACAACGAUGAAGAAGAAGGUGACGCGGUUUCGGUGAUAACCAAUACUAACAGUGAGUGGUCCGAGACUAUACAGAAUCUCAUGAGUCCGAAAUCCAUUACUCCGAUUUCUCCGAUAUCUUCUGCUUCGCCUACUUCAUCUUCUUCGUCGUCUUCAUCGGUGGCUUCUCCGGUUUCAAGUUGUUCAAAACAGACAGUAAUGGAAGCUGCAUCAGCGAUUUCAGAGGGCAAAAACGACGUCGCUGGGGAGGGCUUAACUCGCUUGAGUCAGGCUUCCAAUUCGAAAGGCAAUUCGGAGCAAAGACUGAUGGAGUACAUGUGCUCAGCAUUGAAAUCGCGAGUUAAUCCUGUGGAGAAUCCACCGCCUGUGACGGAGCUGUUUUGUAUGGAACACGUUGAGUCGACUCAGUUGCUUUACGAUCUCUCCCCUUGUUUCAAGCUUGGGUUUAUGGCUGCAAAUCUUGCCAUUAUCGAAGCAACUCUCGACCAACCAACGAGCAACAAAUUUCACGUUAUUGAUUUUGAUAUUGGGCAAGGAGGACAAUAUCAAAACCUACUGCACGCGCUCUCUACGCGUUCUCAAAAUGGUAAACCUUACAUUGUGAAGAUCACAGCUGUGGUUGAGAAUGGCUGUGAAGAGAGUUUGAAUGUUGUCGGUAACAUGCUGAAGCAAAACGCUGAUAAAUUUGGCGUUUGUUUACAGUUUAAGGUCAAGACCUUAAAACUCGGUGAUCUGACUCGUGACUCACUGGGUUGUGAGCCUGACGAACCAUUGGCUGUUAAUUUCGCAUUCAACAUGUUUAGAAUGCCUGACGAGAGCGUCUCUACGGACAAUCCUCGCGACGAGCUCCUCCGUCGCGUGAAGGGAUUGGCACCGCGCGUGGUUACUUUGGUUGAACAAGAGAUGAACUCCAAUACGGCGCCUUUCUUGGCCCGUGUUAAGGAGGCGUGUGCUUAUUACGGCGCAUUGUUUGACUCAAUUGAGUCCACUGUACAGAGAGAUAGGAUGGAACGACUGAAGGUUGAGGCAGGAUUGGGUCGUAAACUCGGUAACUCGGUUGCUUGUGAAGGGAGGGACCGUGUUGAGAGAUGCGAGGUGUUUGGAAAGUGGCGGGCCCGUAUGGGCAUGGCCGGGUUCGAGUUGAAGCCAAUGAGUCAAAACGUUGCCGAGUCAAUGCGGUCUCGGCUCAGUUAUGGGAACCGAGUCAACCCAGGAUUUACCGUUAAAGAAGAAAACGGAGGCGUCUGUUUUGGUUGGAUGAGUCGAACUCUCACCGUCGCAUCUGCUUGGCGUUAACUUCACUCACUCUCUCUCUUUCCUAUUUUCUUUCUAAUUUAAUAUUAUCAAUUGUUAUAUUUUUAACGUUUUCCUGAGAAAAUGGAAAGGGAAAAAAAUGGAAAUGGAAAAGGCCCACCAAACGAUAUAAUAAAAGGAGUGUUUGGAUUUCAGGAAAAA